AUGGUAUUUUUCAACCAUGGAGGCUUUAAAGACAGCCUCCAGGAUGGAGAACGAUCAGUGUCACCAUGUGCGAGUCGCAAUCACUUCAUCUUUCAGACUCGCUUCGCUGGCUGCGGCACAGGGGCAAUCACUGCAAGUCCCCUAAGGGAUGCUCUUAAGAAGGAUGACCUGACGGGGCGAGUAAUUGGAGGCCACGAGGCCCACCCAAACGACUGGAAGUGGCAGGUGUCUCUUCAGAUUGCCUAUGCUCAUGCCCCGUCGUACUACACUCACAUCUGCGGUGGAACCCUUAUCAGCAGCAAAUGGGUCAUGACUGCAGCCCAUUGCCUCAGCAUGCCACCAGGAGCAACCUAUCGAGUGGCUCUGGGUGACCACAGUCUCAUGAAUGUGGAUGGCACCGAGUACUAUCUUGACGUGGAUGAAGUCUUCAUUCAUGAUGGCUGGAAUCCCUAUGACAUUGCCAAUGGCUACGACAUUGCCCUGCUGCGCCUCAGGUCUUCUGCCUAUGCCAAUGGGUUCGUUGAGUUGGCAGCACUUCCACCCGCAGGACAAAUUUUACCCAAUGACUAUCCCUGCUAUAUUACCGGAUGGGGGGUGGUUAGUGUGGAUGGCAGCACCACAGACAUGCUGCAGGAGGCGAUGUUGCCGGUGGUCGACCAUGAGAUCUGCUCCCAGCAAGACUGGUGGGGGUCUCAAGUAAAAGUCACUAUGAUCUGUGCAGGUGGAGACGGCGUGAAGUCUGGAUGCAGUGGGGACUCUGGGGGCCCUCUCAGCUGCUACAGAGACGGUCGCUGGGAAGUCCACGGGAUUGUCAGUUUUGGGCUAGUUCCUUACUGUAACACCUACAAGAAGCCAACAGUCUUCACACGUGUGUCAGCCUACCUGGACUGGAUCUACGCUACUGCAAAGAAUAAUGGGGGUUUCUAG